AAAAGAAAAUCCCAUAUCCUCAUUAUUUUUAUGUUCUAUGUCUCAGUUACUUCUAAGUCCAGUCUAUGGUCUCUCCACAGACUCUUCAUCUGUGAUUGUGGUUUCUGGCUUUCGCCAGUUAUUUUCUGUAGUCUACUUUUAGUAGGCUACAAGUGGUUUCAACGGAUUAUUACUAAAUUUAGAGUAAAUGCCUAGUAGCAAUAGUCAACAAAUCAAAUAACAGUCAGAUGAGUAAUAAGAAAGUUAAAUGUUAUCCAGUGAAGUAGGCUACUUAAUAUUUAGGUAAUGUCAAAUCAAACCUACAGUAUGAACCAGGGAUUAUUGCGCGCUCCUGUCGCUUUAAAAGGGAGCGCGCCCACAGUUUUUAAAGCUGUCAAUCCCCUGCGUCACUACUACACGCUUGUCGCGGGCGAGAGUUGAGUUUACAUUCAGGGCACGGAGUGAGAAACACUAAUACACACUCUAAACAGCCAAACAUACACACAUCUCAGGGGAACAGGACAAUGGCGUCUGCGAGUGUGGUGAGUCCGCAGCUCCUGGUAUUGAAGAAAAUCACCCUGCCGAGGAAGUCAUCCUUGGAGAAGAUGAUGUUCAGGAGAGGCUCGGGGAGCGGCGGAGAGUGCGCAUCGGUCACUGCUCAAGGGGAAUCGAGAACUCAUCCCUUGUCUCCGGGACCAGUGGGAGAAACGGCGGUAAAAGGAGGAAUACCCGGUGAAGGAUGCAGAGCUUCGGCCGCCCCUGCUGCGCCACGUAGCCCGGACCGGCACAGAAAGGAGGGCAGCACGGAUUGCGAAAGGCGCACCACAGGCUGGACACGAACAAGUCAAAGCGGACACAUUACCAGUGACUGCAACAGCAACACUGAGUGCGACUCCAACCACAACACAGGUGGUCGGAGGGGAUCUCUCAUGAGGUCGGGCAUCAAUGUCAUGUCAAGCGCAUCGCUUGCGAAUGGGCACAAAGGAGCGCAAAGGCGCCGGAACUCGGCACACGGGAGACGGGACUCUCGGAGCGGAGACAGCGGACAUCAGAGCAUCUCCUCCUCUCCGUCGACGCAAGAGGAGAGCGGCGGUCUCCCGCUGGAGCGCCUCACACAGGGCAGGACCGGAGUCGUGAGGCUGGCCCGCCACGAACGUCCUCGCCGGGAGGCCUGGUCCAUCUUCCCUCAGGGGGUGGACCCCCGGGUGAGGACAGAGACGGGAGAAGGACACCGGUUCGAGGCCAAGCUCGUUAAGCAGGCUUGGUGUGAUUCCUGUCCUCGUCAGAUCACUGCACAGGCACUCAGGUGUCAAAACUGCAGCUACACCUGUCACCUGGAGUGUGAGAGUCAGGUCCAGGUGGACUGCAACCAGAGGGACAGGAAAGAAACUCCAUCUCCCAGAAGCCAUUGCUCCACAGCUCAUCAGCACAAGACGCAUGAGGCAAAGGAGGAAGAGGAGAGAGGGACAAAAGACCUGUCGGAGGAAGAGGUGCGGACCAGGAUAAAUGCAUAUAACGCUCAAGUCUCUGAGAAUGGCAUGAAACUGGCUUCAGACGGAUCUUACACAGGUUUCAUUAAGGUCCAUCUGAGGCUCAGUCGACCAGUCACAGUCCCCGCUAUAGAGGCGGAGAGCACAGAGGGAGCAUCCAGGCAGACGGGUGGCCGCAACCGAGCACCGUCAGAGGACCACAAAGGGACGGACUGUGGGCAGAGUGAGAAGAGAACAUCCUUCUACCUACCAAGCGACUGUGUUAAGCAGCUCCACAUCAGCUCUGUGACCACAACCAGACAGGUCAUCGAGGGCUUGCUGAAGAAGUUCAUGGUUUUGGACAAUCCCCGCAAAUUUGCAUUGUACAGGCAGACGCACCGAGAUGGGCAGGAUCUCUUCCAGAAGCUUCCUCUGUAUGAGCGACCUCUUCUUCUGAGAUUGAUAGCAGGGCCUGACCCGCAGCAGCUCAGCUUUGUCCUUAAAGAAAAUGAGACUGGAGAGGUGGAGUGGCAUGCAUUCUCUGUCCCUGAGCUACAAAACUUCCUGGUAAUCCUGGAAAAGGAAGAGGCAGAGCGUGUGCGAACAGUGGAGAAUAAAUACUCUGUGUACCGACAGAGGCUACAGCAAGCCCUACAAAAACAUGACCCCUGACCCCCUCACCUGUUACCUUAUGACCUCAACCCAGGGAGAGACUGACCCUUUGAACGCUGACCCCUCAAGACCCCGUGAUCUAUUCAGAGACUGGAGCCGGAGCUGAACUUGUCUCCAAACUCCACAUAUACACAAAAACAUACAUGCACACACAUCCACAGAUGCAUACCCUUUCUCAGGACGCAUACAAGUCCCCCCCAGCCCCCUACCCCCACCCCCACCAUGCAUACAUUGGCUCCCUGAGGAGAGAAUUAGGGGGUUGAAAGCGACGCGAAAGGCUGCAGGGUGUGUGGACUGCUAGCAGGUCUUCAUUGCCAAGGACACACACACAGAAAGAUCUGUAACUCCAGUUUGAGAUCUUAUUUGGGACUGAAAUGAAUCAGUGGUGUUUUUAAAGACUCCCUCUUCUUCUUCUGCUACUGCUGCUGCUACUGCUACUGCAAGUGUUACUUAUGCAUGAGUCUCUCUCAGCUCAUCCCCUCCCCACCUGCACACAGAGUUAGAAUUAAAACAGAAGGCAUGAUUCCCUUUUCAGCAUCUCUUUGGAAUGGACGGACAAUCAUACUGAGUGUUUGUUUUUUUGUUUCUUUCAUUGAAAGUUUUGAACUGAUGUAUAGAAUCUCACAACGAGAUGUAUUAUUUUUGUUGCUGGAAUAUGAGAUGUGUGGAUUUGUGCGAGAGGUGUUUAGAGUGCGGGUUCAAGCACUGUCUUAUCAGUGCUGAUGCUUAAGUAAGAAGAGUUUUGAGUAAGGUGUUAGAACAGAGAGGAAUGCAAGGAUAAGAGAGCGAAAUCCAUUCUCUGAUUUUUCUCAGGGAGCCUGUGUUGAGCAAAGAGAAAAGAAGGAAAGAGAAGCCUCUUCCACCUUAAACCAUCCCAUUUUAGCCCACUUGGUCCAAAAUCUCCACCUGUUGUAUCUGUUUUUAUCAUCUCACAUUCCAACUUUAACAAAAAGGCUGUCAGGUGCUUCGCUGACAGAAAGAUCUUCAAUCAGACCCAGUUACCACCCCUCGCCCUGCUCCUCCAAACAAACAAACACACACAAAACUAACCUCUCCUCAGAUGAUAACUGUGAUUUCAUUGUCAUUUCUCCCUUCUUAAAUCCUGAUCUCACCAACCUUGUAUGAACUCCACCUGCCAAUGAAGCCCUCUGAGUGAGGUGAUCCACAUACCUUUACCGACUUAUCAUUUUCCUUUUACUGUCCUUGAUACAUGGCUUGUAUUUGAGUGUGAGAGGAUUUUUUUUUUUUUACACCAAAGCUCAGAGGGACAGAUCUAUUGAGAGGAUUUUAAAGUGAUGAGAGAUGUUUAUUGAAUUAAAGGUGGUGUAUGUAAAAAAAUGAAACCAGCUUCUGUUUUGCACAUGUAGAUGCAGGUCACUGAACAGCCCACAAUGGGGCUGGGCAUGCAUUUCUAUUUUUCUUUUCUUCUAUCUGCACACCUUCCACCCUCCCCACACCCCAAAAAAACAAACAAAAAAUAUAUGAAAUUCAUGAUAAUGGCUAUGAUGUACCAAUGAUGUGUUUGCAAUGCAUAUGUAUUAUGUAGACACUGGAAAAAGAGUAACAAGGUUUAACUUUGUUGUUGUUACGAUGAAUAUCAAUAUUCUUAUUCUUUUGGUAUCAUUCCUUCUGGUUGGUGUGUGUGUGUGUGUGCUCAUCUAGGGCAGUGAGGAUAAUGUGAAUAGUGUUUUAUAUAAUGAGUGUCUGUGUGUUAUCAGCGCUCCCUCAUUUGGCCUCACUUAUUAAGUAUUAAAACAUGCAUUGAUAUGCACAUGUAAUAUACUACAUUACAACUGCAAAUUAGGUUGUUGGAUAAAAAAAAAAAAUAUUCGGCAUGCACGUAUCAUCAAAUUAAUGCAUUUAACCAAAGCAUUUAAACAACUUUCACAUACUCAUAUGUUCCGUCAUUUAUUUCGUAGAAAAACUGAUAAAUGAGGCCAAUUGUCCAUAAGCACAUGCUUCUCAGUCAACCCAAAACGUGCUCAUUUUUUUAGCACCACCACCCAAAGCCCAAGCUGUUCCUGCUGGCAGUGCCUUUUGUUUCAUGUGCCCCUGUGUACCUAUGUACAGAGUGUUUCUGCACACAGGUGCCUGAGUGUAUGUAUGGGUGCUUUUGCAUGUGUGCAAAUUUGUGUUCGUUGGGUGGUGUUGUACAUGUCAUUUUUCUUUCUGCCCCUUACCCUUAACACUCAUUUGUCUUUCCAGCCUACCCUACAUGUAUGUGCGUAUGUGUGUGUGUGUGUGUGUGUGUGUGUGUGUGUGUGUGGUGUAUGCCGUCUGCGUGUUAUUUAUUUCAUGGUUCACACCAUCCACAUGUCAAAGGAUGUUGAGACUUAAUGCUUUUUUGCAAUUUAUUUUGUUUUAUUUGAAGAAGUGUGUAUAAAUAUAUCAGUAGAACUGUACAGAAUAUCAAAAUGAAAUAAAAAGAUCAUCCCUUUAUG